UCAGUUGAUUCGCAUGCACUCGAGCAGACAUUGGUGUUCAUAAAGACAAUGAUGUCGUCUGGCAACGGAAUCGUUUGUACGGAUGGCUCACGACCCACGUACGGUCAGCAACCUGUGGCUGCGGUUAUUGGCGCUGCAAGCAGUCAAGUCUCUGUUAUGGUUGCCUCAAUGCUACAACUCUUCAAGGUUCUCUAUUUUUCUAUUGACUGUAAUUUCUCUGAUUUUCCGUCAAAAAUUUCCGAUGGAUCGCAAGCCGUGCGUUUUUGA